GCCACAGCAACAGACCAGGUGGUUGGAUUCGGCUUGGUUGCCUUCCGCCUCGUUCUCUUUGUUUACUACACGCUCUGGAUCAUCGUACUGCCCUUCAUCGACAGUGACCAUGGGAUCCACCGGUACUUCUUGCCUAGGGAAUAUGCAGUUAUCAUCCCCAUAGUGGCCGGUCUGCUGCUGGUGCUAUUUAUAGGCAUUUUUAUAAUGGUUGUAAUGUGGAAGAGCAGGAAACCUGCCAAGAAAUCGGACUGA